AUUGUUGUUGUUUUUGAAGAUGGUGAAAUCGGAUGUUCAAUAAGCUUUUAGUUUUUGAAUUCUAAACAUGACAGACAGAUAGACGGACGAACGAUUGAUUAAUAGCAGCGUUACCCUUUUUGGGGCCAGGUAAAAAUAAAUUAACCAAACAAGAAUUUAAUUGAACAAAACUACAAGGAUAAUUACAGCUACAAGAUGACAAAGAUAAGCAGAUGAUAAGUGAUUUAUUGCAAAAAAAUGAAUAUACAAAUUUAUUUCAACAUUUCUUCACCGCAUUGUUUUCUUCACUUUGUAUUCCUAAUGUACUUUCUUCAUGGGUAGAAAUCAAAAAAUUAACAAUAAAUCUUAUAGACCUUAUACUUCACCAUUUAAAAUAUAGAUUUCCAUCAUUUAUCAUUUAAAAUAUUCUUUUCUAUCGAUUCUACCACGCACAAUCAACAACGCAAAGGUUUUAAAAAUGUGCAAAGUUAAUUCGAGCUCUAAAUAAAAACUAUGAUCAUUGCACCUUCAAAGUUCAAUACACUACAGAAAAUAGAAGUAUUACAAUCAAUGUAAUAAUACUUCAUAAGAUCACUGCGUACCCCUGUGUCCACCCCCCUCCCAGCCAACCUUUUGUUUACCUGAGUCAAGAGAAGACAAUCCAAAAGUGGAAAUAUUUGGGUGAGUAGGUGUGCGUGUGUUUUUCCAAUCGGAGUGCUCUGCCCCUCCCAUGUUGACGAAUGUCUCUCCUGUGCUCUAGGGCGAGUUAAAACAGAUUAAUAUAUUGUUUCGGAAAAAAACGGCUCACCUAGCCUCCCGCAGUUGAGCAACAAACAGAGGGCGGAGCUCGUCUCGAGGACGCGUUCCAAUACCACACACGCAUGCACCUUCAUUCGAGUGCACAGUGCACACAUCUAUCUACGUUACUCAAUACGUACACAUAUAUACACACACAUUUACACAAAGAAAGAUUCAUCUAUUUCAUUGGUAAGGAUACACUACUUGGAUCCGUGCUCAGCGUAUCUAUCACGUUGUCUAGUGUUGGUUAAACAUUAAGAUUUCGCUUAGGACUAAGAAAACAUCAGUAGACACAUAUUAAAGCAGAAUUAUGGGCAACAAAUGUUUCAACCGGAAGAAGAAAGACGUUCCCGACGCGAACCAAGCUCUCGUCCUGAUUAGAGAGGCUCAGAAGAAAUACUACAGCAGCCACAUCGAGGAGCAGGACGACAGCGACAACGAAAGGGAAGAGUCCACGGAUAUCAACUUCGGCUCUCAGGACAGCCUGGAUAUGCUUGACACCGAGCCCGCCUUGCCGGCCCGCUGCAGCAUUGAUUUGAGCAGCAUUCAGUCCUCCAUGGACAGCCUGGAUGUGUCCGGCAUCAACAACAACAAAGAGGGCGACGGGGUCCAUAUUCUGGACGGUACCCCCGAGUCCACGGCUAGCCUCAGGGGCCGUUCUCGUAACGCCAAGAAGCGGGCCAAGGCCAAGUUCAUUCGACUCAGCAAGAGGGCGAAUUUUUUCUCCAUCUUUAAUGAGGAGGAUAAAAAAGCCCGCAAUGUGGACCCUAAGAUGUAUAGCUAUCCGUUUGAGAACAUUGUUUUCGAAGGUGGGGGGAAUAAAGGUCUUGCUUAUUGUGGAGCUGUGCAGCUAUUGGAAGAACUGGGGAUCUGGCCUCAGAUCAAACGCCUGGCAGGCACAAGUGCCGGUGCAAUGACAGCUGCACUGCUUGCCAUCGGCUACAAUUCUCAAGACCUGAAAGAUUUCUUCAGCCUUAACCUUAACAACAUUUUCUUAGAUCACAAGUGCGGCUUUCUCAGUCUUGUUCCAAAUCUUCUUCGAUUCUACGGCUGGAAUCCUGGAAAUCGAAUCUAUCGAUGGUUUGGAGAGAGAAUUUAUGAAAAAACUGGAAAUGUAGACACGACAUUCAAACAGGUGUAUGAAAUGUUUGGGCGAGAACUCUGUAUUGUGGUCACAAACUUGAACCAGAUGACCUCCCUUUACUGUCAUCCCAAAACUACGCCCGAUAUGCCAAUCCGGCUAGCUGUUAGGAUGUCCUUGAGUAUCCCUGGUCUGUUUAGAGCAGUCAAACACACACUCUAUGGUCACACGGAUAUAUUUGUGGAUGGCGGAGUACUGUGCAACUAUCCCAUUCAUUGUUUUGAUGGCUGGUGGCUGUCUAUGGAGCCCGAAGAUAACUUUUUAGAAAGACUUCAACCCCUGGAGGACAUUCCGAGACUUCUAGAGAGAACUGAGAGAUUCGGCAUUUACAAUGAGAAAACACUUGGUAUGCAGUUGUAUUCAGACAAUGAACAAGACCUACUGAAAUACCAGUUAGAAAACCUUCGACACGGUGUUGAGUUACAAGACUUGCCAAAUACGAAACUCGCCAGGGCCAAGAUACGGAAGAAGAAACUUCAGCUCAAGACUGACAGGGAACAUAGACGUUUAGUACACGCCAUGAACGCCUUUCUUAGGUCUUUGAGAAGGCACAACACAGACAGAAACGACACCAUUAGCAGAAGUGAGCUUUUGGCUGCUUUACAAGAUGAAAACUUGUUUCCACUAAGUAAAAGACUUGUCUUAUUUGGUGAUGUGGAUUCAGAAAUUAUUCUGGAAUAUCUGGAUAAAGAUUCCAAUGGACAAAUAAGUUAUAAUGAGCUACUCAGUUUCAUGGAAGAGACAGGUAUCAACAUGCAAUACCGUUUCCUUGGAUACCAAAGACGCAACAUUCGAAGCUUACCGUCAUUCUUGGAAACUUUACAGGCCACACUUCUGACCAACGUUAAACGUGUUUAUGUGGAGGAGAAGGACUUAAAACGUACUGUUGGUAUCAACACUGGCCAUGUGGGGACCACUGACUUUGUCCUGGAACCUGAAGACAUUAAGUUUGUGAUAGAACGAGGCAGGCGGUCACUGGAAGCUUUCUUGAAGUACUAUGUGGCCUCUUACCACCUGAAGAAGAAGCCCGAGUACAAAAACCUCCAGGAUCUCCGCAAGAAUUCCAAAGGUUCUCUAAUCUCCAGCAGCUCCAACCAGAGCUUGGGCAGCUCCGACGCCGUCGCUCUUGAGGUGGCAUUGCCCCUGGUGCCUUCUCUCUCGCUCACCGAUCAGAUGUCUGAGUCAGAAAAUGCCGAGAGCACGGCGGCAUCUCCGGUGAAAAUGAAAUCCACCAAGACUGUGACCUAUUCAGAGAACGUUGUCCUGAUAAACGACACGCCAGAGUCUUCGGAAAAUACCGAUGCUGACCUGAGCGAGACUACGCAACUCUUGGGGGACAAAUGCAAGCUCGGCUCAUCCCACACAACAGAACACAAGUACGUCAAACACAGGGAACCCUUCACCUCGACAUCACCGACAGCGAGGCAGAUCGAACUAAGUCAAUCGAAACAUCACGGGCAGGCAGAGAUCAAAGCAGAAGUUCAUAAUCACUAACUAGAGUGAAAACAUUGUUACCAAGACAUAGAACUACAUUAGAAGAACUAAUUAACUGUUACCAAGACAUAGAACUACAUUAGAAGAACUACUUAACUGCUUUUACAAGCCGAUGUUGAUUGAACAUGACUUCUUCAAUAAUCUCAUUUUUUUAUGUGGGAAUAGUUCAGAAUGAGAACUUUUUUUAAGUAACAUUGUAACUUGAAACUAAUUUGUCUAUUAUAAACACUAUAGAAAGUAUUAAGUGAAGGUUGUGAAUACAAGCUCAAACUCAAUGUAAAAAAUCAAAUCCACAUCAACUCUUAUUUACAACACAGAUUACAAGAAGUCCUCAAACGUUUAUUUUCCACUUAUGCAAAUUUAUAAAUCAUUCACUGCAUUUACUUACUUUGAAAUAGAGUUUUCCCAUUAGCUAGCGUUUCUCCUCCUUUGCUAUCUCAGUUCCUAGACAGAACUAACUCUUUGCCUCUUGGUCUUCAAGUUUUCAUAGACAGAACUAACUCUUUGCCUCUUGGUCUUCAAGUUUUCAUAGACAGAACUAAGUCUUUGCCUCUUGGUCUUCAAGUUUUCAUAGACAGAACAAAGUCUUUGCCUCUUGGUCUUCAAGUUUUCAUAGACAGCUAAUUUCACGUACAAUGAAGAAUGGACAGUGUUUUUUAGUAGAUCUGUGAAUCCUGUCGAGUUACAAAGUCAUCUAAAGAGCCGGAUAGUUUUGAACGAAUUCAGUAUUUUUAAAGAUGUUUCUAUUAUUUUUUCUAGUUGUUUCCAAUAGCAAUGACUCUAGAAGUGAUGACUUGGCGACAGGUGUAUGACCUGUCUUUGACUAGCUUGUCUUAGGGAGUUGAGGGUGAGAAUGUUGCUCCCCCUAGUUCAUCCUGUGAGUGCCAUCACACUGUACACGUGACAAGUCUUGUAAUGUACACAAGCGUACAGAUAGUCUGGGUGACCAACAGUGUUUGUAGACUGGACACAUUGCUGACUUGAAAUGUGAUCUCAAGCCUACAGAACCUGAAACUUUAAUGAGUACCCAACUUUAGCUGGGGAUAAGUAAAGGCGGUUGGUCGUUGUGCUGGCCACAUGACACCCUUCUCGUUAAGCGUUGUCCAAAGAAACAGAUGACCUUAACAUCAUCUGCCCUAUAGAUCGCAAUAUCUGAAAAGUGGAACUUUUUUUUAUAUAUACAAAGUGAGUUCAGUCCCGCUCAUCAGCAUCUCAAACUUACCUGUAAAUAGAAAAUGUUGGGGGCAUCGGGAUGCACUGAAUGUAGUCCCAAAUAUUUGUUGUUUUAAACAUACACAUGUUAUGUUACAAACAUUGAAUCACAUCUACAUACUGCUCAAAGAUUCCAUUCGUUUGGGCCUUUGUCAAAACAUAUCAAUCGAUUUAAGUGUGUGUCUAUUUGCGCCGUGACAUUCCAUGCUAUUGGCAAUGAAAGAACAGUCUCUAUGUGAUGUACAUUUCAUUCACAAUAUUAAAAUGUCCUAAAACUUACUAUCACAUUGGUUCUAAUCGCACAUAACUUGUAACCGAGCCAGUAGAUAUUUAUAUAUGCAAUGAAAUUCACUGACAUCUGAUACAUUUGGUGAAGUAUUCGUUGUAUGGGGUACUCGUUCCUUUACUCUGGAUACUUUUAUAUUCUGAAAGUCUUUGAUGCUCUGUGUAUUGAUUGUCGGGAAAAAAAAGUACCCUGCGCUAACAUGUAUAAAAUAUUUAGGCCAAGGUUAAUCUUUGAUGUUAGGGCAACUAGAAGUUUCUAAUUUACUAUGAAUUACUUUUGGAAAGUUACUGUUGCACACAUUAUGUUAGCACUCUAAACGACGCUCAAUGAUUCAGUAAGUGAGAUAGUGUUAACUGGCUAAUGUUUACCUCGUUUUUAUCAAUCUCUCUCCGUAGAUCUGGUCAAAAUGUUGUACAUGUUAUUUCACACGAACAGUAGACAAAUAAAACUUUCAGUUUUGUAUAAUGACAUCAAAUAGCUCAGUGGCCAAGCACGUGCAGGCUUGAGUUUGAAUUCUGAUUCGAGUAGACAUAUUUUUUUUCUAAAUUUUUGAAACAUUCUCCUUGAUGAUUGGUGACAUGAUUGAUGACAUGAUUGGUCACAUGAUUGAUGACAUGAUUGACUCAAAAUAAUCGAUGCAGUUUCACUAAAUAUAAGCGAAGUUUUAAAAAUAAACGUUUUUUUUCUAUUUGUUUUGAAUAGAAUUAUUUCGUUUCUUCCCGCUUCGUGUACCACGUGGCCUCCGUAAACAAAAAAGUCUUUAAGCGACUUUAAUUUGGUAGACAUAAUGCAUGGCUUUAUGGUGCUGGAUAGUCACAAAUAUAGAGUUUAAACAAAAAUAUGUUUACGUUUACAGAUAAGACAGUUUUGUUUAUAUUUAAUCUCAAAAUAAAAAUUAAAUAUUAAGAUGAAUUUAUUCGAAUCUGUAAAAUAAGGAAGAUACUGUACGGCAGCUGACAGAUUCAUCUGUGACCUAGAUAUUAUAGCACAUUAGCACAAGCUUAAAGUUUGUUUCCAUAGUGAUUUCACUUUUUAUUUUAUUUUAGUUUGUUUUUGUUUUUUUUGCUAGUAUGUUUUUUUUAUUUGUCUCCGUUCUCGACUGCAGCUUUGUCUUUGGUAGAACGUCUGCAACCUGCUCUCCAGUUGGUUUGUUCUCAGUUCUACUACAGAAAUGUCCUUGAUCUCAUUCGAACUGCUGAGCUAUAAAAGAAUGUGUUAAUUGAGCUUCAAUAAAUCUAUACCAGUGAUGUUUUAAUAUAAUUAUUAUUUUAAAUAAAACUUUAUUGUUCUUCACUGUGAUACCUCUGAGAAGCAAGUAGUACAAAGGAAUGUUUUCACUAGAUCUAUACAUGUACCAUGAUUUUAUUUUGUUUGUUUUGUUUGUUUGUUUUUUUUCUCCUCCAUACCAUCGCUUCAUUUUAUUUUUCAUCUUGAAAAUGUUCCAAUCCAACUAUUUCUUUUUAUAGCUGUAAAUAUGUAUGGACAUGACAUUGGCAUAAAGGUCAAGACCUUAACUCUAAUUUAUUCUAUCGCAACAAAUGUUAUUCUUAUAUUGCUCAAUGAACUUUACUGAAUUUUUAUUAAAAUAAUUCUGUGCCA